UAAAUGUGUUGUCUGUGUGUGGGGUUGUGUGUAUUGAGACACACUGGGUUUGGGCGUGUGCUGUGCUCUAAGCGUCCUCUUCUUCUUCUUCUUCUCCCUCUUCACAUACACACACGCGCGCGCGCGCAUGCUGUUUGAUUAUCUGUCGACGUACACCGGCAGCUCGUUGUUCGAUGUUUGUGUUGAACGCAUCUGCUUCAAUGAUAUUGUAACGCACUGGAAGAAGAAAAACACGCGCAGUCCGAUUCCUUGCAGUGCCAUGAGUGAAGCAGCGGGAAGGAUGUCGACAUAUUAUUGACUUGCGUCCUGUCGUCGAGACGAGCGAACCGCCCCGUGUGUUUUCCUCUGACGCCAGCAGAAAUAAUGACAGAAUAUAAGUUAGUGGUGGUGGGUGCAGGUGGUGUGGGCAAGAGUGCUUUGACCAUCCAACUCAUUCAGAAUCACUUUGUUGAUGAAUACGACCCAACCAUUGAGGACUCAUACAGGAAGCAGGUGGUGAUUGAUGGAGAAACGUGUCUUUUGGAUAUCCUGGAUACUGCAGGUCAGGAGGAGUACAGUGCAAUGAGAGACCAAUACAUGAGGACUGGAGAGGGUUUUCUAUGUGUCUUUGCCAUCAACAAUACCAAGUCUUUCGAGGACAUUCAUCAGUACAGGGAACAGAUUAAGAGGGUGAAAGACUCUGAUGAUGUGCCUAUGGUGCUUGUGGGUAAUAAAUGUGAUCUACCAGCCCGCACUGUGGACACAAGACAGGCCCAUGAACUUGCCCGUAGCUAUGGUAUACCAUACAUUGAAACCUCAGCAAAAACAAGACAGGGAGUGGAAGAUGCUUUUUACACACUUGUCCGUGAAAUUAGGCAACACAAGCUGAGGAAACUGAACCCUCCAGAUGACAAUGGCCAAGACUGCAUGAAUUGCCGCUGCGUGGUGUCAUGAUCUGUGAAUGUGCGUCAGAUGGCUUUUAGAGCGGUGCAGCCUUCGAGACCGCAAACGCUGCAACCCCUUCACAGAAGCUGGACAUUAGAGCAGGCUGUUUAUAAGGGAAACCCUUAUUCUGGCACUCAGCACUCGUGCAGUCUUCUUAGGAGCGCCCCUGUUUUUCUUCUUUAUAGGGGAUGAAAGUUGUACCUCAAUUUAAUGGUCUCAACACUGGAGUUUCUACGACUGGAUGAAAGCUGACACAUAUUUAGAUUUAACCAACUAUUUACUCAUAACUGGAAGUAAUAACCCAGAAAAUAACCUCAUGUAUUGCUUUAUCAGCUGUGGAUUUUAGAAAAACACUUAAAAUGACCAAACGGAGAGGCGAAUCACUGCAUCAGUUAGAUUAGUAUAUGUCUGAAUGUGAGAAAGAUAAUAUUUGUAUUGUCCUUUGUUUAGACGACAUCUAAUAAAUUGUACAUAAUUACUGGUGUUCAUUGGUCUUGCAAAGAGGACAUUUAUUAUUAUGCAGUGUGUUUAUCACAGGUUACAGUGCAAUAGAUCAUGAUGUUGAUUAAAAGGUACAGUAAUCAUUUUGCACAUGGUAUAGAACAUGCCGUAUGAAAUCACCGGUAUUCUUUGUAAGCAUUUUGUUUUUAAUGACCCUCAAUUUUGAUUUGGUAUCUAUAUGUGAUUCUUUUAAAUGACUGUGCUGGACAUGUGUAUAGUUUGCAAAUAUCUGCAUUGGCUGAAUAACUCCGCACAUCUCAGAAUAACCACACCUGUCGGGCAACUACACACAAACCUACCUUAAAAGCAUUUCUUGAUAUUACCAAGCACUGUGCUGUAACCUUGAAACUUUAAGUCCUUUAUAAUAUUAUAUUGUAUCAUUUGCCUUAUUUCUGUCAGUGAUAAAUCUCCCAUGUUGGUGUCAUGGAAAACAUCAAACUAUAAACUGUGGACUUCAAAUUACAAAAAGAUCCAUGUUUUCAUUUAAUGGUCUACCCAUUUAAUGGAUACCUCUGUCAGGCACCACAUUGAUUGUAUUAUAUUUUUAUUGUAAAUAAUCAUAUUAGGAAAUUUGUCGAUAGUAAUACACACCAUGUUUGUUAGCAAGUAGCAACAGGUUGCCUUUUAAUUGGACAGAGGAGCAACAGUCUAUC